AUAUGAGCGUAAUGUGUUGCAUAGGAUCAAACUUCCCAAGUCCAGGUUCGUGACCGGGAUUCCAAAUCAGUUUCCAAAUCGAGGUAUAUAGCCUCAAAGGUUAAAAAACACUUACCAAAAGUCACGUUAUAGAUGAAAGCGCCACUAUUCUAUGUACAUUUUGCAGACAAAGCGGAUCUGUUCGAUAUUGGGGGGGGUGUUCAGCACCAGAGGAGGUAUUGGUGUGACUCAUGCGUGCGUAGUAACGAAUAAAUAGUCAAUGCACGCGGCUCUAAAUAUCAGCAAAUCAAACGUAGGCUACUUCUCUAAAAAGGUCACUGUGGAUGGGAUUUUGUAGACUGAUAUUGAACUGAUAUUCAAAACCCUGUUUUUCUUGAAGUGUCAAAAGCGCACCAGACGUUGCGUUGCGUUGCCAACGGACUUUAUUUCAUCAUCGUCCCAUAGUUUCUUUCUGGGGCUCUACUUGGUCACCUGUACCCACCCUCAGCACGGAGUGAUGGCGGCGUCUGCACCUUCCUCGUCUGGCAACGAACCGGAUCCCAACUCGACAAAUUUACGACCACCAGGCUCAAGCUAUGACGCUUGGUGUGGAGUUGCUCACGGAUGUUCUAGAAAAUUGGGAAUGAAGAUAUGUGGAUUUUUGCAGAAGAACAACAACCUCGAGGAGAAGAUUAGUUCCUUCAAGGAAAGAUCGUCUAAGGACCUGCUGGAUAACAGCGACAGGGAUUCCCGUUUCAGACGCACCGAGACGGACUUUUCCAAUCUAUUUGCUAGAGAUUUAUUACCAGCUAAAAAUGGAGAGGAGCCAACUAUGCAGUUUUUGUUGGAGGUGGUGGAUAUUCUCACAAACUACGUCCGGAAGACCUUCGACAGAUCCACCAAGGUCCUGGACUUCCACCACCCCCACCAGCUGCUGGAAGGCAUGGAGGGCUUCAACCUGGAGCUAUCUGACCAACCUGAAUCUCUGGAGCAGAUCCUGGUGGACUGUAGGGAUACCCUGAAAUAUGGAGUGAGAACAGGUCACCCCAGGUUUUUCAAUCAGCUAUCUACUGGCUUAGACAUCAUUGGCUUGUCAGGAGAAUGGCUCACCUCCACUGCAAACACUAACAUGUUCACCUAUGAGAUUGCCCCAGUCUUCGUGCUCAUGGAACAGCUGACGCUGAAGAAGAUGAGGGAGAUCAUUGGCUGGCCUGAUGGAGAGGGCGAUGGGAUCUUCUCACCAGGUGGAGCGAUAUCCAACAUGUACAGUGUGAUGAUCGCCCGCUACAAAUUCUUCCCUGAAGUCAAGACCAAAGGCAUGACUGCUGCCCCCAGACUGGUGCUCUUCACCUCCGAGCAUAGCCACUACUCUAUAAAGAAAGCCAGUGCUGCUCUGGGCUUUGGAACAGAAAACCUGAUCCUGUUGAGCACAGAUGAGAGAGGGAGAGUCAUUCCCGCUGAUUUGGAAGCCAAGGUCAUCGAUGCCAAGGCGAGGGGUUGUGUCCCAAUGUUCGUGAACGCUACAGCUGGUUCCACAGUGUAUGGAGCAUUCGAUCCCAUCCACGAGAUUGCAGACAUCUGCGAGAAAUACAACAUGUGGUUACAUGUGGAUGGUGCGUGGGGAGGAGGCCUACUGAUGUCCAGGAAGCACAGGCACAAGCUGUGUGGCGUAGAGAGGGCCAACUCGGUCACCUGGAACCCUCACAAGAUGAUGGGUGUGCCACUGCAGUGUUCUGCCAUUCUGGUCAGAGAGAGGGGAGUUUUAUCAGGCUGCAACUCCAUGUGCGCUGGCUACCUCUUCCAACCAGACAAACAGUACGAUGUAUCGUACGACACGGGGGACAAGGCCAUCCAGUGUGGACGACAUGUAGAUAUCUUCAAAUUCUGGCUCAUGUGGAAAGCGAAGGGAACAAUAGGGUUUGAACAGCACAUCGACAAGUGUUUGGACCUCUCGCAUUAUCUCUACACUAAAAUAAAGGGUCGCGAGGGCUAUCAGAUGGUGUUCGAUGGAGAGCCCCAGCACACGAAUGUCUGCUUCUGGUACCUUCCACCAGGCAUUCGUGACAUGCCCGAUGGUCAGGAGAAGAGGGAGAAGUUGCAUAAGGUGGCCCCCAAGAUCAAGGCGUUGAUGAUGGAGUCUGGAACUACCAUGGUGGGCUACCAGCCUCAGGGAGACAAGGUCAACUUUUUCAGAAUGGUCAUCUCCAAUCCUGCCGCCACCAGGUCAGAUAUAGACUUCUUGACCGAUGAGAUUGAGAGACUGGGGCAGGACUUGUAAUGGCCACACCCAUUAGGAGGAUGUUGCCCUUUGACCUUUCAUUCUCAGCUUUGUCAUGUCCAGCUCUAAAAAGACCCUGAGCUUCAUAUUCCUGUUGUCUCUUGACUAAUCAUGUAGGACUUUGAAUCUUCAGCUGCUUAUAGGUCUUUUUAGACCACAGGUAACCUUCAGAAUAAUAAAUGUGGGUCUCAUAUGUUUCCUGUCUGUUCUGUCUUUUAGCAGUGACUAUGCCAUUGUUAGAUUUAACUAUUGUACAGUAUAGCCUAUGUAAGAGAAUACAUAUUCACAUACUGAGUGACCUUGAGCGACCUUUUCAGUAGAGACAGAGGACAAUGCAAGGCACCUCAUGGCAUAGAUAUGUACAGUAUUGUAAUAUACAGUACUAGUCGAAAGUUUGGUGACACCUACUCAUUCCAGGAGUUUUCUUUAUUAUUACGAUUUUCUAUGUUGUAGAAUAGUAGUGAAGACAUCAACAGUAUGAAAUAAUACAUAUGGAAUCAUGUAGGAACCAAAAAAGUGUUGAGAUUCUUCAAAGUAGCCACCCUUUGCCUUGAUGACAGCUUUGCACACUCUUGGCAUUCUCUCAACCAGCUUCAUGAGGAAUGCUUUUCCAACAGUCUUGAAGGAGUUCCCACAUAUGCUGAGCACUUGUUGGCUGCUUUUCCUUCACUCUGCGGUCCAACUCAUCCCAUACCAUCUCAAUUGGGUUGAGGUUCGGUGGUUGUGGAGGCCAUCACUCUCCUUCUUGGUCAAAUAGCCCUUACACAGCCUGGAGGUGUGUUGGGUCAUUGUCCUGUUGAAAACAAAGGAUUGUCCCACUAUGCGCAAACCAGAUGGGAUGGCUCUCCUCGAUGCUUCACGGUGGGAACCACACAUGCGGAGAUCAUCCAUUCACCUACUCUGCGUCUCACAAAGAACCAAAAAUCUCAAAUUUGGACUCAUCAGACCAAAGGACAGAUUUCAGAUUUUAGGCCUUCAAUGUCCAUUGCUCGUGUUUCUUGGCCCAAGCAAGUCUCUUUUUCUUAUUGGUGUCCUUUAGUAGUGGUUUCCUUGCAGCAAUUCGACCAUGAAGGCCUGAUUCAUGCAGUCUCCUCUAAACAGUUAAUGUUGAGAUGUGUCUGUUACUUGAACUCUGCAUUUAUUUGGGCUGCAAUCUGAGGUGCAGUUAACUCUAAUGAACUUAUCCUCUGCAGCAGAGGUCUCCUUUUCUGUGCAGAUCCUCAUGAGAGCCAGUUUCAUCAUAGAGCUUGAUGGUUUUUGUGACUGCACUUGAAGAAAUGUUCAAAGUUCAUGACAUUUUCCGUACUGACUGACCGUCAUGUCUUAAAGUAAUGAUGGCCUGUUGUUUCUCUUUGCUUAUUUGAGCUGUUCUUGCCAUAAUAUAGACUUGGUCUUUUACCAAGUAAGGCUAUCUUCUGUAUACCACCCCUACCUUGUCACAACACAACUGAUUUGCUCAAACGCAUUAAGGAAAGAAAUUCCACAAAUUAACUUUUAACAAGGUACACCUGAUAAUUGAAAUGCAUUCCAGUUGACUACCUCAUGAAGCUGGUUGAGAGAAUGCAAAGAGUGUGCAAAGCUGUCAUCAAGGCAAAGGGUGGCUAUUUUGAAGAAUCUCAAAUAUAAAAUAUAUUUUGAUUUGUUUAACACUUUUUCUGGUUACUACAUGAUUACAUAUGUGUUAUUUCAUCGUUUUGAUGUCUUUACUAUUAUUCUACAAUUUAGAAAACGGUAAAAAUACAUUUUUUUUUAAAAGAAGAAAAACCCUUGAAUGAGUAGCUGCGUCCAAACUUUUGAAUGGCACUGUAUAUAUAUUAUAAUGUACUGAAUAUUGGUGCUGUGUGUUGUCCAUGUAGUUAUUAAGCCAGGGGCACUGUAUGCAACACCACAUUGUAUCUGGUUUUCCCCUUUCAUAUUAAGUAGAGGGAAUAUAACACAGUCAUUGUAACAGGUACUGUAUUCUAUUGCUGCGUUUUUAGAGCUAAUGAAUUUUGUGGAGAUUGUGUAUAGUAUUGUUACAUUGCUUUUGUGGCAAAUAUAUGUCCUAGUUUUUCAGUAACACAUGUUCCAAUGAUUAUACAAACCACUAAAUAUAAGUAUUUAAUAGAUUAAUCACUUGAUUUAUAUUGUUAUCUAUUCCAUUUGUAAUGUGUCCUUACUUGUAUUUUGAAACGCUACUGUGUUUUGUAUAAGCAUAUUAAAAGGUAUUUUAGUGUAUUUGUGAACCAAAGAAGGGUAUACUUACAAAUAUAUAUAAAUAAGUCCCUUAAUAUAACCAAUAGAUGGAUUAAGAUAUUUAUAUAAGAAUAUGUAAGUCAGUCACCCUUAACCUUAGUGCAAUCUGUGUUGUGUAACUGUGAUAUGUCAUUGUGAAUCACAUUGACUGAAUGUUAUAGUGUCACAUGACUAGCUGUGGGAGGGAAGCUGAGCUCUGGCAGCAAAUGUGCUGUUUCUUUAGGGCUCUAUUCAAUCUGUAUUGCUGAAGCGUUACAGAUUGCGCGGUAGAAAUUGAAAGGUAAUUUCCCGUUGAGCCGACAUAUGUAGAGUUUGCCGUGAAUACAGUCUCCACUAUAAUGCGGAAACAUUGCCUUUAAAUUGAAAUCAUGCUGUAAUGCUGCACUUCCACGAUACGGAUUCAAUAAAGCCCUUAUUUAGUGGGAAGCACAGUGAUAAACCAUCUGGGGAAAUGUUUUAUCGUAGGGACAAAGGAUUGUUUGUAUUUUAACAGUGAUGCAUUGACUGUUUUGAAGCAUUUCACUUAAUUAACGGGGCCAUUUAAUUAAAUAUAUAAUCUUUCAAAUCUAUAAACUAUGUCGUGGAUUUUCUGGUCUUAAUAUGGACCCGUGUGUGGACAAUAUUAUCCCGUGAGAAUCGACAUGUUGCAAGAGACCAAUUGUUUGUCAUUGAGAUGUUGACAAAACAAACGCACGGUCAUGAUGAUGAUUUUGUUUCUGUGAUCAGAUUGAUUGAAUUACAUUCCUCGGUGAGUCGGAUGGAGAUCCCCUGUCAAGGUAGCCACUUGAACCUCAUACUAAGUGCAGAACAUUACCGUCUUAUUGACAGCACCAAUAAAAAUCUCAGCUUUAACAAUUUUUUGGGGGGCAUUUUUUUGCAGUUAUUGUUAAUGAGGUCUAAUGAUGAUCUGUAAUGAAUAAAUCUGUGGCUAUGAGUCCGGUCGACCAGU